UCCAUCCCAGAGUUUAUCCCCUCAUCCCUGAUAUCCCUUCAUCCCUCCAAUCCUCAUCUGUUCCUCACAGGACGACGGAAGAGAGUGACUUACAAAGGGUGUCCCGUAGCAAAAGUGAAUGGAAAGUGCUAGAAAGUCUCAUGACAACAUUCAGAGGACGGCGGGCGCACGAGUGUGAUUAAAAGUCUUCCGGAACAUUCUGACGGGAGUCUCCAAACUGUCAGUUUUCCAGCCAUCCCAUCCCUGUCUCUGUCUCUGGUGGUGACAGUGCCUAAACGAACAUCGCCAUGGGUGAAAUGGAGCAACUGCGGAAGGAGGCAGACAACCUCAAGGACCAGAUCACUGCGGCGCGUAAGGCGAUGCAGGACACCACUCUGCAGGAGGCCGCCGCCAGCAUCACCGUGGUGGGCCGGGUCCAGAUGAAGACCAGGAAAACACUGAGAGGUCACCUGGCCAAGAUCUACGCAAUGCACUGGUCCACUGACUCCAAGCUGUGCGUCAGCGCGUCACAAGACGGAAAACUCAUUGUGUGGGACAGCAUCACGACCAACAAGGUGAAUGCCAUCCCCCUCAAGUCAUCAUGGGUGAUGACUUGCGCCUACGCACCUUCGGGCAACCUUGUGGCGUGCGGGGGUCUCGACAACAUGUGCUCCAUCUACAAUCUCAAGGGCAAGGACGGCAACGUCAAGGUCAUGCGCGAGCUGGCUGCACACACAGGUUACCUUUCCUGCUGUCGUUUCCUCAGUGACACAGAGAUCAUCACCAGCUCUGGAGACUGCACCUGCGUGCUGUGGGACAUUGAGACAGGGACCCAAAAGACGAUCUUUGCAGGACACCAAGGAGACUGCAUGUCACUGGCCGUGUCCCCUGACUUCAAGUUCUUUAUCUCGGGAGCAUGCGACUACACGGCUAAGCUCUGGGACAUCAGGGAGGGCACCUGCAGACAGACCUUUGGGGGCCACGAAAGCGACAUCAACUCUAUCGGGUUCUUCCCCAACGGCAACGCAGUCAUCACAGGCUCUGACGACGCCACCUGUAAGCUGUACGACCUGAGGGCUGACCAGGAGCUCCUCACCUACCAGGACUCCAGCAUCAUGUGUGGUGUCACCUCACUGGCCCCCUCCCUGUCUGGACGCCUCAUUCUGGCCGGUUACGACGACUUCAACGUCAACAUUUGGGACUCUCUGAAGGCGGAGAGAGUGGGAGUGUUGGCUGGUCACGACAACAGAGUAAGCUGCAUCGGAGUGUCUGCAGACGGCAUGGCGUGCUGCACAGGGUCCUGGGAUAGCUUCCUCAAGAUCUGGAACUGAGGACGUCACCUGCUUACGGCUUGAAAUUUGGAUAUCCACAGGAUGUUUUGGGUGAAGGAGCCACAACUUGGGGAGGGUAUUUAAUUGUGCCAAGUGCUGUUUGAAGUAGGGUUGUAAUGUGAAUGGCUAAGAUAAUUCCACAAUGUCAAUAAUUGUUCCAAUAUUAGUGGAUUUUAGCACAAUUGCUGCUGCAGUUGAGUGGUCACACACUAAAAUGGGAGCGAGAGGACACUGCAAAAAGUAAUGUAGCUGAACACUAUUGCAGUAUACUGGUGUGCUGUUUUAUAUCAGGUCAAGCAAAGUGAAAACAGUUGUUUUUGUUUCCCCACCUCUUUAGAUGCUUAUUUCCUUUUCUAAAUAGAUGUUUGUGUUUAUUUUGAAUGUGAUUGAUGGAUUUGAUGAAGAUUAGGGGUUCUUGUUGUGACAACCCCCCUUGCAGCACAUACAAUACAUAUGACAGAUGGGACAAUAAAAAUGGUUUCGCUAAGCACUCACAAUAAGCCAUGACCUAGUUGUCUUAUUAAAAAGGAUGCUAACAGCUAUUGUAAAUACUAGCUACCAUUCUCCACGCUGCGCUACCUGCCAGACAAGGGUAGUAACAUUUUCAUAUUAGUGUACUAGUUUUACAACACUGUACCAUGUUUAGAAUUUGUUUUCUUAAAAAGAACUGUCAAAUAAAAGAUGGGAUUCUA